AUGUCGGUCCACCCCCAAGUCACCUUCACACAAUACCCGUCUGCCGUCGAGGACGACAUCCGACGACCAUCCUACCCUGACGACAUGUCUACCACAUCAUCGGGUUCCUCAGUCAGCGAACACGACCAUGCUAAAACCGAUCCCUCUCUGCACCCUCGCCCGCGUCUUGUCCCAAACAUUGAGCUUAAAGAGGAAGAAUACGACGAUGGCGAUGCCCGCACCAUGAGUCCGCGACGAAGCAGUGAGGAGAUUGAGAAGAUGGGCCAAGAUGCGCGACAAGCAUUGAUAGAACAAGCGAAACAACUCCAAGCAAGCCUCAUGGAGAUUGUUGACCGCGUGGAAGUGGUCAAGAAUGAACACGAGAAGCUAGAGGGCGGCAACCGCUUCCUCCAGUCGUACAUUGGUGAACUAAUGCAGACCAGCAAGAUUACGUCCAGCGGUGCGGGCAAGAUCACCAAAGGAAAAGGAAAAGGUCGCGUCAUCAAAUAA